UCUGCAGUUUGGCCCAUUCCGCCUUACGUACGUUGUGACGUACACGGACAUACGUAUGCGGAAGCUCAGUUGUAAACAAAAGCGGACACCACUACAUUCAUUUAUCUUCUGAGCCGAAAAGAAACAAGAAAACGAAUCAUAUUCAUAUACUGUAGAAGGCAGCUCGUUAAAGAUGUUUGGCAGUGGUUGAUGCAAGUGCCAGCUCAUUCCUAUAAGAAGACAUACUUUGGUGUUGUAGGCCCGCAAAAACUACUAUAGCCAACAUGUCUAGGAAGCAGACGCCGAAACCUUUACGGAGCAACAAGAAGAGCGAACUGGAACGCAAGAGGGAUGAGCGGGCAGCACGCAGGGCCAUCGUAAAGGACCGCAAGAACCGGCCUCAGGAUGGCGAUGAAGGAGCAGAAAUUGUCAGUUUCUCCAACCAGCUCCAGGCCCUGGGGCUCAAGCUGAGAGAAGUCCCGGGAGAUGGGAACUGCCUGUUCAGAGCGCUAGGUGACCAGUUAGAGGGUCACUCCCGGGGUCAUCUGCGGCUUAGGCAGGAGACUGUCCAGUUUAUGAUGUCCCAUCGACAAGACUUUGAACCCUUUGUUGAGGACGACAUUCCUUUUUCACAGCACUUGUCCAACCUCUCGCAGCCUGGUACGUUUGCUGGCAACGACGCUAUAGUGGCUUUUGCUCGCAGUCAACAGGUGAAAGUGGUCAUCCAUCAGCUAAACACGCCACUGUGGGAGAUAAAUGGUGUAGAAAAGCAGACAUGCAGAGAACUGCACAUUGCCUACCGCUAUGGAGAUCACUACGACAGUGUGAGGCGGACUGGAGACAACUCUGAGAAUCCUGCUCAGCUCCGCAUAGAGAAUCUGCAGAAUUCACAAGGCCAGCAGCGUGAGUUUGGGGACGGUCAGAGGGACAGACGAAAAAACCCUUCUCCCACAGCCUCAGAGGAGGACAACGUGAUCCUGAGUUCCAUCAAGAAUCGAGGAAUCCAGGGUGAUGAGGAGAACCUGCUCCAGCUGAGUGCAGCGACCAUCAAUGCUGAGUGGCUUGUAGGCUCCGUGCUGGGUCAGUCGUGCCAAGGCCAGUGUGCCUCAGGAUCCUGCUCCUCCUGCAGAUCUGCAGCCUCAGACUGCAGUGAGCACAAACAGUCAGCAGAGGGCUGCAACGUACAAAAACCAAAGGUAUCUAACAAGCAGAGGAAAGAGCAGCAGCGGCACGAUAAGAAGAAGCGUCAGGAGGACAGGCAUCGGCAGAAGUUCCUCCAGAGUAAAGGAAGUCAGGACCAGAACCAGAACGUGCCAGAGGCUGUUACUUUAGUACCAGCUCUAAACAUUCUCAGUAUAUAGACUGGAGCAUGGCCAAAAUUACCUACUGCUACUCUUGCUAUCGGUGGCUGACGCUGUUUUGCACAUAGUCCAAUUUGAUUCAGUCACAGUGGAUGACUUUUCCUAAAGAGACUCCUAUAGUUUCUUUGCAAACGGUAUAACGGUGCCUGCAAACUUGUGUGUGUGAGAGAUGUGUGAAAGUUGUAAAAGACAGAGUGAAAGAGCAUGACUUUCAGUUUUUUUGUUGGGUUUUGAUUCAGUUCAAUCCCUGGUUGGUGUUGGCAUACGCAGAACCUCCUCAGAUCUACCUACAGAUCUACCUACCACGCUACCUAUAGCCCCCUUUCUAUGCUGGACAUCAGGCUUUUCAUGACAACCAUACAGAUAAUCUCAUGCAGCUGGGCUUUUUCAUUUGCCACAAGAUUGAGUUCCUUCAGAUGGUUCUGUUUGUUCAAUCUGACCAGAGGAGGAAGAUAAAGGAAGAGCGGCAGAUGGAUGCUUGUUAUGAACACUGUGUAAGGAAUGUGGCAAUAAAUAAUAAUAAAUGAUAAUUUUCUGUU